GAGCAUAGAAACACGAGGCUAUCUGAUUUUUCAGAUUGCAGAGUGUAUUGAAGUUCUUACAAACCAUUCCUUGUCGUCACUUGAAAGCCAAGAAAAAAGUUGGCAAUGUAUGAGCAUCUUAAUAUGACUUUUUAAUUGUUAUCCCUUUCUCUGUCGUCACAAAAUAUAAAUACCAGAAAACAUGAGCCAAUCAACAAGCAUGCUCUAUUUUAUUUCCUACAGACAGUGAAGUACAUAACACAAUUACAUGAUAUUGCUAUUUUUCUAUCAUUAUUUCACCAUUUAAGGUGAAAAAAUGAUGUGUUUGAAAAUUAUCAAUUUUCCUUUAAUAUCUAUUGCAAAUUUUUCAAAAAAAUAAAUUGUUUAUAAAUGAAAAAUCAAUAAACUUAAAACAUUUUUAGUGGCAGGCAUCUUCCAUAAUAAGUAGAGAUAUUUUCUGCGUAAACUUGUGUAUUUACUUUAUUUUUUUGUAUGGAAUUAUUCAUUCAAUGAUAUUUAAUUAUUUUCUUAACAAUGAAAUUACUGUUUUAUUUCACUUUAUUUAAAAAAGGCCAAAUACAUAGAGUUCGUUAUUACACUUGAUUAGGUGAAUUCCCCAGAGCUAUGUGCAGAAAGUAUCGGAAAAGGGUGUUUAGCUAGGUUUUCAAAUUUGUGAAUUUCUGUUUUCAUUGAAAUAUCACUGUGUCAAAUUGAUCAGUGUGGUGAGCAAACAAUAUUUGCUUGGUCAGCCAGGACUGACAUUGGUUAACGCCACAGGCAUUUGGCUCAAUAUAUUCCAUAUCGUAAACUGGACCAUUAUCAAGGCUUUGAACAAAAUGUUCAAAAUGAUCAGUUGUCUUGCAAAUAUUUUGAAUAAGUGUACAGUUAAAUAAUCUACCUUAUCAUCAAAAACAUGGAGGAAGGUAGUCUAGUACUGGUGUAACUCUCCAGGAACGAUGGUUAGGAAACUACCUGCCUAUAUGACUGAAAUACUGUUGGGAAAAGGGGUAAAAUGAAACAAACAAACAAACAAUCAUCGAAAACAAAAUUACUAUCCAGCGUAACUUUAAAAUAAAAUCUGCAUAAAGUAUAUACAUGUAACUCACAGUAGUGUAUAAAUACUGGACAGGGUCAGCAUUUUGCUGUAGCAAUUUUAAAAGUUACAACACCAAAAAACACAAGCAAACAAUGUAAUAGCAGCAAAAUUGAGAUUUAAAAUAAAUUUUUUUAAAGAAAUGACAGGUGUGCACAAUCAUGGAUAAAACUUUACAGUCAUAUAUAUGAAAGUAUUUUUUCAACUCAAUUUUCACAAAUGCUGCAUAAUUUCCCCUUGCUUAAGUAGGAGCCUUUUCACAAAAUAGCUAGAAAAUACCUAAAUCUUGGUAAUUGAACCAUCAAACUAUUAAAGUACUAUAGCUCUAAUAUUAAUUUAUAAUUUUCAGUUGCCUGAUCAACAGUUGGAAGGAUGAAGUUCCUGUUUAAAGAAUUAUCUCUAAUUAUGUUCAUCGUUAUUUUCUUUGGAAGGUUUGCCCCAUAAACUUGGUUGCAAGGGCAUUUCAUAGAAGUGUUGUGCAAUAAAAUUAUCUUAUAGGUUUAAAUUACAUUUCUGGUCUACUACGCUGUAGUUCUAUAUUUGAUUUUAAAAUUUCUCUGUGAUAGUGUGUUUUAUUUUGUUAAUGAUCAAAAAAGAGAAAAUGUUUUAAUGCAUCAUGUUAAAGAACAUAAUCUUAUUUAAUUUGCAGUGUUAAAAUAUUCAAAGGGGUCACAAUACACAAAGAGAACUCAUGUAGUUAUAAUGGAAUGCCUGUGAAGUAAUUUUUAUGACAGGUGCAAAAAUUUAAAAAAUGAAAACAUAAUUAUAUUUUACUAAAAAUUAUGAAUUUUGACCCGUAAUGCACAAGUGUUUUUCUAAAAGGUAAGGGCAGCAACUCAAACCAAAUAAAUAAAAUACAUCCUAAACUACACUAGUACAUGUACCAGAAAUGUAAUUUAAAUCUAUGGAAGAUUUUAUUGGCACUUGUAUAAAUACAGAUUGCAAUUGUUUCAUGGGUUUUAUUUUCUUACUUUCAUUGUUUAGAUUUGUAUUUCCGAAUGCUGUUUUCUUGAUGUUUAUUAUACCAUUCUUUUAAAAAUCAUGAAUGAAUUUCACCAAUAGAAGAAACAGAGUGUUGCCUUGUGAUUUAAAGAUUCAUCUAUAUUUUAAGACUGUAGAAAAUACUUGCACAAUGAAUGUACACCUGCUUGGCAUUCUUUGUUUAGCAUUUGUUUGAUUUCAGAGAAAAAACAAAAACAGAGAUGAUUCUGUUCAUGUUAUUAACAGCCUGUUGAAAUAUACAUCACGCUUUUCAGUUUAAACAUAAUAUUGCAACUCUACUGAUAUCCUUUUUCCUGUUUGUUUACAAUCAUUAACUAUAUUUUUUCUUUCAUUGAAGAAGGAUUUUAAUUAUAAGACUGGAGCUUAUAAUUAUUAUGUUGUAUUUAACCAUUAAUCAGCUAACUUUUGCAAUGGACUUGUCAGGGGAGGGCCGAUCGCUAAUGUUGAGGUGUGUCUCAUUGUCAGAUACAUAGGGAAGAUAAUUGUAAGAGCUAGAUGAUUUAAAUCUCUGGAAGCGGUUCUUUAGAUAUAGGGAAGGUAGCUCUUUCAGUAUUGAAGUUGUCAGGUGAAAGUAAACUGCUUUAGCUGUUACCGUUAGUUGUACCGGCACGGCAAGAAUGAGUACGUCAAUGUUCCGUUGUGAUCAUUGUGACAUCACAAUGACCGGACCGGAGAACUACCAGCAACAUAUUGAAGGCAAGAAACACUUGAAAAAGUUGAAAGCCAGCGGGAUGACUCCUGCCACUCAACCAAACCCUGCUGAGAACAAGCCAGUUCAAUUGAAAGUAAAGGGGUAUGAGGGACGUUUUGUAAAACCUUCAGCUGCAGUUAGUGACCAAGAUAACUAUAGAAAUGAAGGAAAGACUGAACAGCCCUUUACAUCACCAGAAAGUGCACAUGCUGUCCAAUUUCUACAGACAAAUAAUGCAGACCCCGUUAUGAAUGCAGUGAAGGCAAAUUUGUUGGGAAAAUUACCUUUGAAAAAUCCAUUAUACCAGGGGAAGUGUGAUAUAUGUGAGGUAGAGUACACAUCAAAGUCACAUGAGGAACAACACCUGUCCGGAAAAAAACAUAAAAGAAAAUUCCAAACAAAAGAAGCCUUAGAGAGUCAAAAUGGUGCCAGUUUUUACUGUGGAUUCUGUAAUCUACAUGUCAAUUCCAUAGAACAGAUGGAACAACAUAGAAGUGGAUCUUCACAUAAUAAAAAGGUUGAGAAUGCCAAAAACUUGCAACAAGGGACACAACUCCCACAUUCUGCUGCGAAGAAGAAAUUUGUGCCAAGCAGUGGAACAGAAUCAUCUGACCAUGUUGUUAUGCCGACACCACCUCUGCCUCCAGCAACUUUACUGGAGUUAAAACCACUCACUUAUGAUAAAUAGAUACUAUAUUUUUUACAUUAAAUUUUUGUAACGCUAAACCUGGUGAAUGUUUAAUGGACUUGUCCAGCUUCCAUUGUUGGAACUGUACAUUAUCAAUUUUAAAGGUAAUAAAAUGAACAUUUAACGUCAGCCAACAGUAUAAAGCCUAAUCAGACUGUAAUUGUUCUAAACUAGUGGCAGAGGCUAAUUUCUCCUGGUUUCAAGCCAGUUAAUGGAUCUGUAGAGGAUAUUUGUUUGUUUUGCAUGUAAGAUCGAAAUAUAUUUCAGUGAGUGGACGCCAGAUGCAAUAUUUAUAAGGGUGACUACGCCACUAUUGAGAAUAUUAUAGCUUGUGUUCAUGAGUGAAAUAUAUUUCAAUCUUACGUGCAAAACUAAGAGAUUUUUAUGUUUUUUUAGUCUUUUUUACUUGUUUUCGCUUUGAACAUCAUAAGUUCUUCUUCAUGACGUCAUCACAUCAUGAUAUCACCGUAGCAAUUUUGAAAUUUAGUUCUGUUAAAUGUCUCGAAUUUCGUAACAUUUUUAACAAAUGUAUACAGUUAUUUACUUGCUCCUUCUAAAGAAGCAAAAUUUACGUACGACAGAAUUUAUACCUGUUGAUAAUUCCAUUUAGUUUUGAACUAAUAUUUUCAUCCGCAUUCAAAUAUAGUUUUAGCUACAGUGAAAACUAUCAAAUAUAAUUUCACUGUGAAAAUUAUCAAAUAUAAUUUCACACUUUCCACUACAAAGCAUGACUGUAAUAAACAAUGAUUAUUUGAACUACAAUAGACAUGGGCCAAACAUUUCACAUUGGACCAAUCAUGUUAAUGUUUUUAUCUAGUGUAAAAGUGUUCAUUUUAGGGUCUGUACAGCAUUCAAGCCUUGUUUUGAUAUACAUUAAUAUUGUUUUGUUAGCACUACAUCUAUGCUAUCUGAUGUUAAUGAAAAUGAAAUAAUAAUUUUUAUUUAUGACUUUAAUUUUUUUGGGGGUAAUUAUUUUAUUUUAAGAUAUCAUUUACAAGUCCAUACAUUUUUAUUAUCAUGCAUGUUCUUUAAUUGAUUAUCUUAUUGCCAAUUAAAUUUGAGUAUUUUACAGUGAAAUAUUUCUUUUUGUUGAUAUAAAUUUUACAGUUUGUCACUAUUGUGCAGUAACAGGUUAACUGCUAUUAAAUUAUAUAAGAAGUUAACCUGUUAUUGCACUAAGGUGACAAGAUGUAUGUUAUUUAUCCCUAACUAUUUGUAUAAAGGACUUGUCCUACUUUGAAAUUUGGAGGAUUGGAAGAGUCCACUGUUGGUGUGACGUAAUCGGAUAUUACAAUAUGCAGCCAAUACCAACAACAUAUUGUCUCAUCAAACAAAAUCUAUGCAAGGGCUGACUUUUUUAUUUCACUGGCAUCUUGGAACCUUAGUUAACGGUAUCCUCUAUAUAUUCAAAGGGAAGUUAGUCUUAUACUCAUACUUAUUUCAGCUCAAUUG